CGAGAGCUGCAACGGCGGAAGAGCUCUUACAUCAUUCUCGGUACAUAAAAUACUUCGGAUCCGGUUUUAAUUCAUUUAGUGAAGUCUAUUUAUUUGUGUUUCAGGAUGCCACGGAAAGGAAAGAGAUCUCAGGCUCAAAAACUCCGUUGGAGAAAGUUUACCUGGAAAAACCUGGAAGAUGAACAGACCAGACUCUCCAGGAUUAACAAGGAUCAGCUUGGUGACGACAUGCAGAUGGAGCUGUGCAGCACUUCUGAUGGAAGAACAUCGAAAUCAGUGGGACACGUCCCCCCUGUGGAGCAACAGGACAGAGAAUUCUGGAAAAAACCUCUAAAAGAGGAAGAAACUGAUAAAGAUAAAGGUUAUUUCUAUGGAGCCUCAUCAAGCUCGGUAGAAGUCAUCUCUCCUGAGGAACACAAAGGGCAUACUGGAGGAUUCCAGAUCAUUGUGAAAGAUAAACCUAGACAUGAUGACUAUCUCUAUUGUGAGGAUUGCAAAUCUUUCUUUGUCAAUAAGUGUGAGGUUCACGGUCCGGCUCUCUUCAUCCCUGAUGUUGCGGUUCCACUGGGGGUCUCUGACCGAGCCACACAAACCGUUCCUCCAGGUCUAGAGAUUCGGAAGUCCAGUAUUCCAGAUGUUGCAGUUCCACUGGGGGUCUCUGACCGAGCCACACAAACCCUUCCUCCAGGUCUAGAGAUUCGGAAGUCCAGUAUUCCUCCAGGUCUAGAGAUUCGGAAGUCCAGAAUUCCAGAUGUUGUGGUUCCACUGGGGGUCUCUGACCGAGCCACACAAACCGUUCCUCCAGGUCUAGAGAUUCGGAAGUCCAGUAUUCCAGAUGUUGCAGUUCCACUGGGGGUCUCUGACCGAGCCACACAAACCCUUCCUCCAGGUCUAGAGAUUCGGAAGUCCAGUAUUCCAGACUCAGGCCUGGGAGUGUUUAACAAUAGUGACACUAUUCCUGUUGGUGCGCACUUCGGGCCUUACCAGGGAGACACGGUAGAGCGAGAGGAAGCCAUGAACAGCAGCUACUCCUGGGAGGAUCAGCUUGGUGACGACAUGCAGAUGGAGCUUUGCAGCACUUCUGAUGGAAGAACAUCGAGAUCAGUGGGACACGUCCCCCCUAUGGAGCAACAGGACAGAGAAUUCUGGAAAAAACCUCUAAAAGAGGAAGAAACUGAUAAAGAUGAAGAUUAUUUCUAUGGAGCCUCAUCAAGCUCGGUAGAAGUCAUCUCUCCUGAGGAACACAAAGGGCAUACUGGAGGAUUCCAGAUCAUUGUGAAAGAUAAACCUAGACAUGAUGACUAUCUCUAUUGUGAGGAUUGCAAAUCUUUCUUUGUCAAUAAGUGUGAGGUUCACGGUCCGGCUCUCUUCAUCCCUGAUGUUGCGGUUCCACUGGGGGUCUCUGACCGAGCCACACAAACCCUUCCUCCAGGUCUAGAGAUUUGUAAGUCCAGUAUUCCAGACUCAGGCCUGGGAGUGUUUAACAAUAGUGACACUAUUCCUGUUGGUGCGCACUUCGGGCCUUACCAGGGAGACAUGGUAGAGCGAGAGGAAGCCAUGAACAGCAGCUACUCCUGGGAGGAUCAGCUUGGUGACGACAUGCAGAUGGAGCUGUGCAGCACUUCUGAUGGAAGAACAUCGAGAUCAGUGGGACACGUCCCCCCUGUGGAGCAACAGGACAGAGAAUUCUGGAAGAAAACUCUAAAAGAGGAAGAAACUGAUAAAGAUGAAGAUUAUUUCUAUGGAGUAUCAACAACCUCAUCAAGCUCGGUAGAAGUCAUCACUCCUGAGGAACACAAAGGACAUACUGGAGGAUUCCAGAUCAUUGUGAAAGAUAAACCUAGACAUGAUGACUAUCUCUAUUGUGAGGAUUGCAAAUCUUUCUUUGUCAAUAAGUGUGAGGUUCACGGUCCGGCUCUCUUCAUCCCUGAUGUUGCGGUUCCACUGGGGGUCUCUGACCGAGCCACACAAACCCUUCCUCCAGGUCUAGAGAUUCGUAAGUCCAGUAUUCCAGACUCAGGCCUGGGAGUGUUUAACAAUAGUGACACUAUUCCUGUUGGUGCGCACUUCGGGCCUUACCAGGGAGACAUGGUAGAGCGAGAGGAAGCCAUGAACAGCAGCUACUCCUGGGUGAUAUAUGAGAGCAAGCAGUGUGAAAAAUACAUAGAUGCCACAUCAGAGGUGCAUUCUAACUGGAUGAGGUAUGUGAAUUGUGCUCGUAAUGAUGAAGAGCAGAAUCUGGUGGUGUUUCAGUAUCAACGUGGAAUUAUGUACCGCUGCUGUCGACCCAUUAAACCAGGGCAGGAGCUCUCGCUGUGGUAUGAUGAGGAGUAUGUCAAAUAUGCUGGCAUCACGUUUGACUACAUCUGGAACAAAAAAUGCUCUAUAAAUAGCAAGGAUAACACCUUGACACAAGUCUUCACCUGCUCCUUGUGUCCAGUUUCCUACACAGUUCAAAUAUACCUCUACAAACACAUCAGGAGAUGCCACAAUGAAGAAUAUGUGAAACUAUUCAAAUCAGGAGAGAUUGCUGACCUUCUCACUGACACCUCACAGAAACCACUCCGGAGAAAAAAUUACCACUGUGCAUACUGCGGAAAGGGUUUCACCUACCAGAGAAAUCUCCAACAACAUCAGCACUGUCACACAGGUGAGAGCUUGUAUCAGUGCUCACAGUGUGGGAAGAGUUUUACUCUACAGAGUAGUCUCCAACUACAUCAGCGCAUUCACACAGGAGAGAAACCCUAUGAGUGCCCACGGUGUCUAGAAAGUUUUAAUGAUCAGAUUGAUCUCCAAGCACACCAGCACAUUCACCGAGGAGACAAACCAUAUGAGUGUUUACAGUGUGGGAAGAGUUUUAGUGAGAGAGGAGCACUUCAAAGACACCAACACAUUCAUACAGGAAAAAAGCCAUAUCAUUGCUUAGAGUGUGGAAGAAGUUUUACUCAACAGUGUAAUCUCCAAAUACACCAGCGCAUUCACACAGGAGAGAAACCAUAUCACUGCUCACAGUGUGGAAAGAGUUUUAAUCAACAGAGUAAUCUCCAGAAGCACCAGCACAUUCAUACGGGAGAGAAACCAUAUCGCUGCUCAGAUUGUGGAAAGAGUUUUACUCAACAAAGUAAUCUCCAAAAACACCGGCGUAUUCACACGGGAGAGAAACCAUAUCACUGCUCACAGUGUGGAAAGAGUUUUAAUCAACAAAGUAAUCUCCGAAAACACCAGCGUGUUCACACAGGAGAAAAACCAUAUCACUGCUUAACUUGUGGAAAGAGUUUUAGUGACCGUUGUAAUCUCAAAACACACCAGCGCACAACACACAGUUAACGUUUUAAUUUUUUCAGAAUGUUUUUCUGCAUGUUUUUCUGACGUCCUGUAAUAGGCUUGUCACAACUUGCAAAUGUAUACAGUUAUAAUGUCAUACAUAGCAUUACUGAUAGCAUUCUGUUAUUUUAUUUAUUAUUUUUAUUAUUAUAUAAAUUGUCAUUUUUCCUUUUCUCAAAUAUGUCAUUCCCUUAGUUCAUUGUUCGCAGCCCAGACAUCUCUCAAAGUAAGAUGCUCCUCUGUAUAUUGUAUAUUGCAGCCCUUCGGUCUAUAGAGGAAUCCAGCCCAUCAGUCUCAGUAGGAUUGCAAUUCCUCAGUCGCUGGGAUCACAACCUUUUAAGUCACUCUAUGAACCCUGUCCCUCACUCACUUAUUCACCCUGUCCUUCACUCACACUAGCAUUGCCUCUCAAACGCAUAAGGACUGUAGUUCCUCUGAGAGGCUGCAAUCUUCAAGGGACAGAGGAGCUGCAAUCCUCAAGAGAUUAAGAUGCUCCAAUUUUAGCAGAGCUUGAGGAGCUGCAAUGCUAGUAUAAGUGUGGGGCUGUGAUCUGAAAGUGACUGAGGGGCGGCGAGGCCUAAAGUGACUGAGGGGCUGUGACCCUAGAAUGACUGUGACACUGCAAUCUUCAAACGUUUGUCAUUAUAGGAUUGCAGCCCCUCAGUCUCUUGAGGAUCACAGCCCCUCAGUCUCUUGAGGAUCGUAGCCUCUCAGUCAUUCAAGGAUCUCAGCCCCUCAGUCACUUUAAACCUUACAGUUCCUCAGUCACUUUAAGAAUUGCAGCCCCUCAGUCUCUUGAGGAUCACAGCCCCUCAGUCUCUUGAGGAUCACAGCCCCUCAGUCUCUUGAGGAUCGUAGCCUGUCAGUCAUUCAGGAUCUCAGCCCCUCAGUCACUUUAAGCCUUGCAGCCCCUCAGUCUCUUGAGGAUCACAGCCCCUUAGUCACUCUAAGAUUUUAGAGCUACAUCGAAUCCCCUUGAUUCCAGCCCUGUGGCCAGACUAGGAUCGUAGCCUGUUGGUUCCUUUACUAUACAGCCCUUCAGUUUCUCAAGGAUUGAAGCCCCUUGGUCACUCUGUUUUAAAGGCCAGAGUAUGCUCCUACAACAUGGGGCCUUUCAUCUGGGGAGAAGUUGUAUUUCAGCUCACAGUGUAGAGAGAUUUUCCAGUGGUAGCAGCACAUUCACAUAUUGAAUGUAGUUUCUUCAGUAAUUAGCAUGUUUAGUAAACAUUUCUUCAAAUCACUGUACAGUCAGAUUUUUUUUAGUGUAAAUUGUUGGUAUAAAUCUUUUGACUGUUGGCAUAAGGGAUUUCAUAUUGCUAUUGUUCUUGACUUUGUGUAAAAGACGAGUUAAUAUAUUCUCUAUUCAUUUGUUUGAUACAUGGUAAUUUAUUCAGUAGCAGUUUUUG